CUUCAUCUUAUCCAACCACCCGCCCCCUCCUCCUCAGCGAUGCCCUACGCCGGCCCCUCCGACGCUGGUUCGACCGCGACCGCGACCCGCCCCUCCUCCCACCGUCGCACCCGCUCCGCCUCCAACUUCUCCGACGAGCGUGGUCCCGGCGCGUUCGCCCCCCUCGGCCAGCUCCCCCGCCUCAACAAGAAGGCCGUCUUCCACCUCAACAACGACAAUGACGACGAUAACGCCAACGACGACGAGCCGAGACCCACAUAUCCCACCUAUACGAGCCCCUACUCCCCCAUCAACUCCCUCCGCCUGUCUAUGAACGCCGGCAAGUUCUCGCCUUCAAUAGACCCGCCCUCUCGUAUAGACAUCCCCCCGCUCGAGCCGCCGACUUCUGUUCCUUUCCCAACCUCUUCUCCCAUUUCCCCUUCCAGCGGUGCCUCUCCAUUUUUCAACAACUCUUUCCGCUUCUCCUCCAAGCCAUCCUCCCCAUCCCUCCCCCGCACACCGUCGACACCAAUCAUCCUUUCCAACGGCAAGCCGUUAAAGUCUUCUCUCAAGUCUUCCGCUUCGACCCCGAACAUUCUUGAUCUUCCGGUGAAACACAUUCGGACCCAGUCCGCGCCUGCGACGCCGAACACCAACAAGAAUGUGCACUUCGCCGAGAAGGACUCGGGACUCGAGACCGUGCGCGUGUACAACCGGACGGGCAAGCCCGCGUCGCUCUCCAAGCCCCCAGGUGAGGAGACCGAGACUGAGACCGAGGCAGAGAGCUCCUUCCCCUUCCCACUCCUCCCGUCCUCUCCUCUCACGGUCGCUCCCGCUGCGAUAAUGCAUGAGAUCGACCCGAGCCCCGACCGGUCGCAUCCGAUCCCGAAGACGAACCCGUCCCCGUACGCGAACGUGCUCCUCGAGACCCUCGCGCUCCCCCGCACGCGCCCGCCGACGCUCAGAGGCACGGUCCUCGUCCGGAAUAUUUCCUUCGAGAAGGUGGUGGCGGUGCGCUUCACGCUCGACGACUGGCAGACCACCAGCGAGGUGCUCUGCAAGCACGUCGUGAGCCUCCCCGGGCUCCCCCCGCCGUUCCCGCGCGCACGCACGAUGGGCGACGUCGCGGCGAACAUCGCGAGCGGCAACUCCGACGACGAGAAGGAGGCAGCCGGCCCGAGCUGGGAUCGCUUCAGCUUCACCAUCCGGUUAGAGGACUACGAGGCGAAGCUCGCCGACCGGACGCUGUACCUCGUCGUGCGGUACAACCCCGGCUGCGGCGGCGAGUGGUGGGACAACAACGACGAUAGGAACUACCGGGUCGGAUUCCGGCGCGCAUCUGCGUCGCCGCUUCCGUCGCCUUCGCUGUCGUCGCUCGGCAUGGUUCACUCGCAACAACGCACCUUCAGCGCCCCGAGUACGUUGAAGACGACCCCGACAACGGGCUCGGUCCCUCUACCGUUUGUUCCUUCACGGCAGAUGGCCAUGCCCUUGGCGCCUCAGCUCACCCGCAGCUUAUCGUCUCCCUUCCCGGCCAUGUCGCCCUCGUUCAACGAGGUGCAGGGUCAGUGGAAGGAGCGCGAGCAGGGCGACCGCCAGAAGAUGAGUGAGCACGGGCUCGGCUCACCCACCGCAGCGUAUCUCUCGAAGAAGCUGUCUUUGAGCAACUAUGUCGCACCUUCCACCUCGUCCGCCAUGGUCACCCCGCCGAUCACCCCUCCGGGCACCGUACGUAUGCGGAGUGCGAGCCUGCCCACCGAGGCGGGAAUGAGCGCGGACGAGCCUAAGCCGAGUCCACCCGCGGAAGAUAAGCCCAAGAGCGACGAGCACCCCGCCACUACUUCCAUUCCAGUUCAGCCUGCGAGCUUACCCGACUUCCACGGCCCUGCGCCGUCGUCGUGGGCAGGUCCCUCCUCGCCCAGUGCUUCAUCAUCGACUCCCCCCGCUGCAUCCACGCUUGCGUCGAUACCGGGCCCGUCGCCUGCCGCACUUGCCGCACAGGCACGGUCGUACAGGCCUACCUCGUACGGCUACCCCUUCCAGCAGCUCAUGAGCCCGCCACAGUCGAAGGACAGCAGUCCUGCGGGCAGCGGCAACGCGAGCCCCAGACGAGGCAGCCCCGAGCCCCGCAAGCUUUCUGCUCUCGGGCUCGAGGGACCCAUCGUCCGCUCAGAAUCUCCCGCGCCAGUGGUGAACGAGGAGGAGCGCAAGGCCGCUGCAGCAUUGAGCACGGCGGUGCGCGAGCUCGGAUUGAACGCUUCGCCCGGUACGUCGGCCAACGCCAACGCGCGGGUGGACACGAGCGACCCGAGCUACGCCGCGCUCUUGCGGCAAUGGUGCUUCGCGCAGAGUGCGCCGCCGGCCCCGGCCAGCGGCGGACAUGCCUCUCCUUCGGGCAGCCCGAGCCCGCGUAUUGCGUCGGCGGCGGCGGCGGCGGCGCUCGACGCGAUGGCGGCGGGGAGUGGAAACACGACGCCGAAGGUGGGGUUUGGGGCGGGGUCGGGAUACGGUUUCCCGGGGUUUAGCUUUGGGUUGCCUGACGCGGGCAUGGUUGGAGCACGAAUGCAGUAAUUCCGCACUACCGCGCCGGGCCAUAACGCCGCAACGCUGGCGUUUCGCCCAACGCGGAGCUCCUCGAUACCCACGUCGCGCGUCAUGUGAAGCCCGACGAGCUCAACCUCGACUUGCUUAACUUAUUUCCUGCUCGGACUCGUCUUCUUGUAUGCAACAUCCCCUCCUCUCGUCUCCGCCUACCCUCCCCCAAUCCCCCCACCCCGCCCCGGAUCUGAAUAUUGGCCGCCGCCGCUGUACGCACACGACACGCCUGCGCGGAUAACGCGCGACGCAGCAUGCACGGCUCCUAGAGCCGUUCGGCGCGGCACUAUCUAUUCCUAUCUGCCCCUUGAUUGUUGUACGCCUAACCAUAACGCUUUCUUGCCCGCAAAACCCCCCACCCCUCAACCCGAAAAUGCGACCGGUCGAUGCCCGCGAGCGAUGCGCUCGCGCCUGGUCCAACCCCUACCCCUUGUACAUUCACCCUAUGGACGGUGGCCUGCGCCACGUCUCAUUGCUUAUCCAUUUCUCCCCUCCCCUCCCCAUCUGCACAUGUUCUCCCAGGCACGAGCGCGUCGCACGCACAUAUACACGGACCACGGCGUGGCCGCGUCUCGUCUCCCGGUGUUGCUUACCACAGCCAUAGAAUUGUCCGUCGUCUCGUUAUCGCUCGCUCGCCCCCCGCUCCCGUCUCCCUCGCAAUCUCGCCCCCCUCCACCAUCUGCAUCACUUCUCACACAAGUCAUCGCCUUCGCCCUUCCACCCGCAAUCCCCCUAUCGCAUCGCGCCAUUUUCGCAAAACGGCCCGCUCCCACUACCCAUUUCCAUCCCUCCUACCACUUGAUCACUCUCACCGUCUGCUGGUUCUCGCUUGCCGCGGUGUACGAAUACGAUAGUCAUCCCGGGGUCCCGCGAGGGACAAUGCCGCGCGCGCCCCACUUCCGCUCUUUACAUUCAAGUCUCUUGUUUCCACACACACACACCUGUCGAAUAUCGCUUGGUUUACUUCACGCAUCGACCGCUCACGCCCCGAUCACGCAUCCAUCCACUCUGUACUCUAGCCUGCUACACAUGCAAUACGCUCCUCCUUCUCGUCGUACUCAC